AUGCCGUCUUCACCUCCUACUCAUCCCAUCCUUCAAGUUCAACACAGUUUUCUACUACCAAUGGCUACAACCAAGUUGUCGGCCCUUUGCUUCAUUGUCCUCCUUGGCAUUGGAGUGGCAAAUGCUGCAAGGGUAGCAAGAUAUGUUAGUGCUGGGGGUGGCGGUGGUGGUGGAGGGGGAGGUGGCGGUGGUGGGCAAGACAGUGGGUCUGGAUAUGGUUCAGGUUCAGGUUCAGGAUACGGUGAAGCUGGUGGCUAUGGGUCUAACGGGGGAGCAUAUGCCCAGGGAGGCGGUAAGGGCGGAGGUGGCGGUGGAGGACAAUAUGGGGGCUCUGGAUCAGGUUCUGGGUCAGGUUCUGGGUACGGUCAAGCCGGUGGGUAUGGGUCCAAUGGUUCUGGGUAUGGUCAGGCUGGUGGAUAUGGUCCUUAUGGAGGAGGCUAUGCUCAGGGAGGUGGCCAGGGUGGAGGUGGCGGCGGAGGACAUAAUGGAGGGUCAGGACAAGGUUCCGGUGCUGGCUCUGGGUAUGGGCAGGCUGGUGGAUAUGGUCCUUACGGUGGUGGAUAUGCUCAAGCCGGUGGCCAAGGUGGUGGGGGUGGAGGAAGUGGUCCAAGUGGCAGUGGAUAUGGAAGCGGCUCAGGGAGUGGGUCUGGGAGUGCUGGCAGUGGCCACCCAUAG